UUCGUAGGAAUUAUCUUUCCCUCCUCUCACCCGACACCCUUCCUAUUUCAAAAAAUAGAAUGUUUUGAGUACGUACAGGAUUACUCAUAGGCCCUUUUUUUCCCCCCCCGGGCGCAAAACCGUGAUCUGGAUUUAUAAUCGCCCUAUAAAGCUCCAGAGGCGGUCAGGCACCUGCAAAGAGCCUCGCCGCUUCACCGACGAGCGGCCCCCGCGCGCAGCAGCCUCGUGAUUUCCCCGCGGAGCGGGUCCCCGCCUCCCUGCUCCGCCCCCGCCUUCCCCGAAGCCCAGCAGCUGCCUCUCCGGAUCUCUCUGCUCUCCUCCUGACGCUCGCGUGCGGGACAGAGCUAGCAAGAGCCAGGCUGCAGCUGGAGGUGACACGGAGCAAAUAGAUUACGCCUUUGGCAGGAUCCAGUCAAGCGGUGUUGAGCGGAUCUCUGGGCGCUGAGCGGAGAAGCGGCGGGAGCGUCUGGCUGGUGGUAGCCGAAUCUAGCCUGUUUCUGCGCCCGACCCACAGAGGACUCCCAACAGCAGAAGCCUCGAGGCCAAAGAACUGAUGGCGUCUUCGACCCCUUCUUCGUCCGCCGCGGCCUCGAACACGGGAGCGGACCCCAAUACUACCAACCUGCGCCCCACAACGUAUGACACCUGGUGCGGCGUGGCCCAUGGAUGCACCAGAAAACUGGGGCUCAAGAUCUGCGGCUUUUUACAAAGGACCAAUAGCCUGGAAGAGAAGAGCCGGCUUGUGAGUGCCUUCAAGGAGAGGCAGUCCUCCAAGAACCUGCUCUCCUGUGAAAACAGUGAACGUGACGCCCGCUUCCGGCGCACUGAGACUGACUUCUCCAACCUGUUUGCUCGAGAUUUGCUUCCAUCCAAGAAUGGGGAGGAACAAACUGUGCAGUUUCUGCUGGAAGUGGUGGACAUACUCCUCAACUAUGUCCGCAAGACAUUCGACCGCUCCACCAAGGUGCUGGACUUUCAUCAUCCACACCAAUUGCUGGAAGGCAUGGAGGGUUUCAACUUGGAGCUCUCUGACCACCCUGAAUCUCUGGAGCAGAUCCUUGUUGACUGCAGAGAUACCCUGAAGUAUGGGGUCCGCACAGGUCAUCCUCGUUUUUUCAACCAGCUCUCCACUGGACUGGAUAUCAUUGGCUUAGCUGGUGAAUGGCUGACAUCUACUGCAAAUACCAAUAUGUUUACAUAUGAAAUUGCACCAGUGUUUGUCCUCAUGGAGCAAAUAACACUUAAGAAGAUGAGAGAGAUAGUUGGAUGGUCAAGCAAAGAUGGUGAUGGGAUAUUUUCUCCUGGGGGAGCCAUAUCCAACAUGUACAGCAUCAUGGCUGCUCGAUACAAGUACUUCCCGGAAGUUAAGACAAAAGGCAUGGCUGCUGUGCCCAAACUGGUCCUUUUCACCUCAGAACACAGUCACUAUUCCAUAAAGAAGGCUGGGGCUGCACUUGGCUUUGGAACUGACAAUGUGAUUUUAAUAAAAUGCAAUGAAAGAGGGAAGAUAAUUCCAGCUGAUUUAGAGGCGAAAAUUCUUGAAGCUAAGCAAAAGGGAUACAUCCCUAUUUAUGUCAAUGCAACUGCUGGCACAACUGUUUAUGGAGCUUUUGAUCCGAUACAGGAUAUUGCAGAUAUAUGUGAGAAAUAUAACCUUUGGCUGCAUGUCGAUGCUGCCUGGGGCGGAGGGCUGCUCAUGUCCAGGAAGCACCGCCAUAAACUCAGUGGCAUAGAGAGGGCCAACUCAGUCACCUGGAACCCUCACAAGAUGAUGGGUGUGCUGUUGCAGUGCUCUGCCAUUCUCGUCAAGGAAAAGGGUAUACUCCAAGGAUGCAACCAGAUGUGUGCUGGAUACCUCUUCCAGCCAGACAAGCAGUAUGACGUCUCCUACGACACUGGAGACAAGGCAAUUCAGUGUGGCCGCCACGUGGACAUUUUCAAGUUCUGGUUGAUGUGGAAAGCAAAGGGCACAGUGGGAUUUGAGCAUCAGAUCAACAAAUGCCUGGAACUGGCCGAAUACCUCUAUGCCAAGAUUAAAAACAGAGAAGAAUUUGAGAUGGUUUUCGAUGGUGAGCCUGAGCACACAAACGUCUGCUUCUGGUAUAUUCCACAAAGCCUGAGGGGUGUUCCCGAUAGCCCUGAACGACAGGAAAAGCUACACAGGGUGGCUCCGAAAAUCAAAGCUUUAAUGAUGGAAUCAGGCACAACCAUGGUUGGCUACCAACCUCAAGGGGACAAGGCUAAUUUCUUCCGGAUGGUCAUCUCGAACCCAGCUGCUACCCAGUCUGAUAUCGACUUCCUCAUUGAGGAGAUAGAAAGAUUGGGCCAGGAUCUGUAAUCACCCUUGGCAGAUGAUGAGUGAUGAGGAAGUCUCUGUCCUCACUGGCACUCUAGAACAAACCUCUCUGAGUUGCUGAAACACAUAGUCCAUUUCAUUGAGGGAAAAUAUAAUGUCCUGAAGAAUACUGUUAAGAUCUCACUUAAACUUGUUUGUUAUAGCUAGCAGAAAGUACUGUUCUUUUUUAAAAGUUGCACAUUAGGAACAAAGUAUAUAUGUACAGUUAUAUAUACCUCUCUCUCUCUCUCUCUAUAUAUAUAUAUAUGUAUAGUGAGUGUGGCUUAGUAAUAAAUCACAGCAUGUUUCCCACUCCAAGAGAAUUAACUUUACCUUCAGCAGUUACUGAGGGGCUAAACAUGCUGCAAACUAGCUAGCCCAACAACCACAGGAAAAAUGUUGUUCAAAAUGUAGUAUCCUAGGGACCAAGGGAAAAUGCUGGUGGUGGGAGUUGACCUCACUGCCACUAUUUCUCUCAUCCAAAGUCAUGAUGGAUGAGAAAAAGCACCACUAGAUGACAAGUCACACCCUUCCCAUCACUAUCCUAUUAGGGGAAAAUAGUAGCAUUGUCACAGGUGUACUAUUGCUGUGUUUUUAGAGAUUAAUUUGUGUAGAUUGUAUAUUACUGUUGUUUGACUUGGGGGAGGGAAAGAACACAUGUAAUGAUUUUAAUGACUGUUUAAUUGUAGGUAAAUGAAAUAUUUGCUUAUUUAUAUUCAGAGAUUUACCAUGUUAAAGAGGUGUCUUGUAUUUUCUUCCCAUUUGUAAUGUAUCUUAUUUAUAUAUUAUUGAAGUAAGUUCUGAAUACUGUUUAUGGUACUUUUGUGCAUUUGUGAGCCAAAGAAAAAAGAUGGAAAUCAGUGAAACUUGUAUUUAUAUUAGAGUGCCCUUAAAAUAAUGACUUAAGCAUCAGUUUACUGUCUGUAAAAGAAUCCUAAUACUGUACAUAGAGUAAUAUAUAUGGAAAUUCCAUUACUUAAAUAGCAUCUGCUCUUCUCUGACCCUCUCUGUCUGGCUGUAUGUCUAGAGUUUUCAACGCUUUUCUAGUAACUGUUGGAUAAUAACUAGAUCCGCUGUAAUUUUGUAGUUGUUCAUGACCAAUCUCUGUGAAUUGCUUAGCUGAAACCUAAGGCAAUGUUUCCGAAGACCUUCCGAAGAUCUCAGAUAAAUUGACCAGGCUCACAACUGUUUUUGAAGAGAGGAAAUUCACUGUGCGUUAUAGAGUAUGCAAGAAGAAUAUAAAUAAAUAAAAAUAUUCUCCAUAGAGAAUUUGAACAAAA